AUGUCGUCCGCGUCACAAGAAAAUAUCGCCUCCGAUCCCCCCACCUCCUCCACCCCGGGAUCAGCAUCUCAGAUACCCACCCAAAAACCACCCUACCAAUCCGCCGCCUCCUACUUCUCCUACCCAGUCAGCCACGUCGUCUCAGGACUCUACCGUCGCAUAACAGACCCAGACAUAUCCAAAGAAAUGCCCUCCGUCAUGCCCUGGUCACGCUCCUCCUCAUCCGAAGUGUUCACACCUCGCCGAACAGCCUCACCCUUCCAACCACCACCACUCACUCCCCUAAACCUCGAGAUCCCCACAGCAGCCCACCUCCUCCAACAACAACUCCUAACCCGCGCCCUAGCAGAAGAAAUCAGACUGCUAGUCCCGCCCCGCAUCCAACUUGCCGAUACAUGGCGACUAGCAUACAGCCUCGAUCGCGACGGCGCCUCCCUCUCAACCCUCUACGAGAACUGCGCUGAGUUCUCCCACCGCAGCCCGCGGGCGGGCUACGUCCUCGUCGUCAGAGACUCAUCCCCCUACAGCUCCGUCUUCGGCGCCUACAUGACAGACCCCCCACACCCGAACUCGCAGUUCUUCGGCACAGGAGAGUGUUUCCUCUGGCGCGCUAGCGUGCUCCCGCCCCCGGCUAGCUUCGCCCUACCAGGCGAAGGGCCCCAAUCUGAGGAAGUCCUUGAGCGUGCGGGCCUCCCGCCUCCACCCUCUGCUGAUACAACUACCGCGGCCCGUUGGAGUACUUUCCGCAAUGACAAAUCGAAACCGGCGCAGGCGGAAUCGCCGGCUCAUAAUCUCAAUAUGAAUAUUAAAACCAAUCUUGCGGCUGCGAGUGGUGGUGUUCUGGCGCCACCUUCGCCUUCUUCCAUCCAUACCACUUCGCGGAGCGGGGCGAGUACCCCUGAACGCAUUCGCUUCAAGGCUUUCCCGUACAGUGGGGUUAAUGAUUAUAUGAUCUUCUGUGAAACUGGAUUUCUCAGUCUAGGAGGCGGUGACGGCCACUACGGAUUGUGGCUUGACAGCAGUCUUGAAAAGGGUGUCAGUGCAUCCUGCCAGACUUUUGGAAAUGAGCCUCUUUCCGAUGAAGGCGUCAAGUUUGAUGUUCUUGGUGUUGAAGUGUGGUAUGUCGGUUCUUGA